AAACAGUGGAAUCCGUGAUAAGCGAACGCCUUAAAAGACGCACUUCGCACCGUUCCCGGUAGCAGUUGGCUGGCUAGCGUCCUUUGGUGGACGUUCGUAAGGAAACCCGAACCGACCCGCAAACUCAAGCGAGCAGUGUGUGAGAAACAGUGUGUGAUGAAGUGGUUAGUGUUAGCCUUUGCCCUUGUGGCGGCUACCAGCUGGGCACAGGGAAGUACCGUGAAAAGUGUCUUCGUCGGUACCGACGCACAGGAGUACGUGUACGAGUAUGAGCUGGAUGUGACGACCGGUGUGGUUGAGCCGGAGUACGGUUCCAUGUACCGUGUUAAGGCUUUCAUGCAUGUCCGCCCAGAUCCCUCCGGCAAUGGUACGUUCGUGUACUUUGACCAACCGAAGGUGUUCCUGUACACCGGUCACCUUCCGCUGCCGGUUGAGCCAACGGACGCUAACUACACCCAGUACGCCAAGCAGGCUGAACCCUUUGUGCAGCCGUUCUACGUGACGUACGACAAGUUCGGCAUGGUGCAGGAAGUGUUCACCACCAAGACGGACGUGCUGUGGAGCGUUAACCUCAAGAAGGGUGUAGCCGGUAUGCUGCAGCUGCCGGUGAACAAGAUCCCAGCGAAAACGCUCGCCAAACCGUUCGUCUUUACCGAGACGGAGGAAUCGGUCUAUGGUAAGGUGAAUGUAACGUACGCAGUGAACCCGCUGCACUACGAGACGGUCAAGAUUGUUAAGACUCCAGACUAUGAAACGUUCACCCAUCUGCCGCACGUCAUGUACUCGAACGUGGAAUCGCACCAAGCGUUCCACAACUGGACCACCUGGAACUCGGUACUGCCGGUGGUGGAGUACGAGGUGCAGUACGGCAAGCACGGCGUGUACGUGCUGAAGGCACACUCCGAAAGCAUCAAGUAUGUGCAACCGUUCACCGUUGAGGGACAGAAGCAGUACGUCAAGACGGAGCAGAAGGUGAAGUACGUGCAGGCGGUUGCCCCGACCAAGCAGUACGAGUUCUCGAGCUUCCCUAUGUACCACUAUGUCCACUACGAGACGUCGGAGUCUGUGUUUGAGGAGACUUAUCCUACGCUCGCCACCUUCACGCCCGUGGUUGACAUCUCCACCGUUGGUCCCAAGGUCCAGGCCAUGCUGUACGAAGCUGUCCAGUAUCUGCAGGAAACCCCGAUCACGCACCAGCAAACGGACACGAAGCACGGCAUCGUGAUCACGCGCAUCAUCGAGUCGCUGAAACCGUUCACCGUCGAAAACUACGCUCAGUUCUGGACGGUGCUCACGAAAUCAACCACCCCGAAGGAUCUGAUGGCCGUCGACAUCUUCUACAAGGUGUUGCCGUCCGUUGGCACCAAGUACGCCGUCCAGUUCGUGAUGGAUAUGGUGAAGAACCACAAGGUGAAGGAUUCGGUCGCUUCCGGCAUGCUGUUCUCGCUCGGUGUCAAUGUGCGCGCUCCCUCCGUCGAGUUGCUGCACAGUGUCGAGGAGUUCAUGAACUUCCCGAACUACGUCAAGCCCGAUGUUGCGCACGCUGCCAUCCUUUCGUUCGGUACGAUGGUGUACAAAACGUUCCAGCACGAUCACUACUCAACGGAGAUCGAGAAGUACAUCAAGGUGUACUACAAACAUCUGAAGGAAGCGAAAACGUUCGAGGAGCAGCUGGUGUGGCUGCACGGUUUGAAGAACAUUCAGCUCGGUACGGUCGGUGAGCUGCUGGUGCCGCUGGUCAAGGGCGAACAGGUGCUGGAGCUGGCAUACGAUCGCCACCUGCAGGUGCACGUGAUCUACGCGCUGAUGGAAAUCAUGGAACACGAGCAUGACGCACUGUUUGAGGUUGUGUUCCCGAUCGUCGUUGAUGAUACGCUGCCGGUGGAGCUGCGUGUGGCCGCCGUCAAGGUGAUUGUUUCCAUGGAGGAUGUGCACUACUUUACGAAGCUGGUUGCGUUCAUGAAGAUGGAAAAGAAUGUGCAUCUGUACUCGUACUUUGUCACGACCGUGCGUAGCUUGGUCAACUCGGACGUUUACUUCGGUACGGACUUCUACCACUACCUGCAGCACGUUGUCACGGAGUUUGUGCACUACGAUGCGGCCGUCGAGACGAAGUCGUUCUUCUACGACUACGUCGAUCCGGAGCAGAAGGUUGGCAGCAUCAUUCGCGGUAACAUGAUCGCGGAUGUGAAGUACAACAAGGUGAACCAGUUCUACGUUAGCUUCGCCCCGUACGUGAUGGAUCGCGUGUACGAUCUGUACUCGGUGUACGUCAAGUUCGAGGGUGUGCACAAUCCGCUGUCGCUGGUGUGGCCCAAGCUGUUCAACGUCGAUCCGAAAACGAUCAACGAACCGAUCACGAAGAACCACGAAAACGUCCCGGUGCAUGUGGAGUUUACGUUCAUGGCGAACGGCAAGGUGGUGUACACGAAGUACUUCAACGAGGAAACGAUCAAGCAGUUCUACACGUACACCUAUCUGACUAUCCUGAAGACGCUGCAGUACCAGUUCACGACGGUGCUGAAUGUGGCCGAGGUUGAGCUGUACACGCCCACGUACGAUGGUGUGCCGGCGAAGAUUAACCUGAAGCUGCCAGUCGUCUCGCAGUUCAAGUACAACGUGGUGGUGCCCUCGACGACCAACGCUAACGAGGUGACGCUUACCGUGAGCAGCUUCUUCCGCAUGUGGGCUCACGGUUACUACGGUGUGUCGGUGUACAAUCCAUUCGCCCUUACCUGGCAGGGAGCGCGCCGUGUUCAGGCGUUUGAUUUCAACGUUCCGCUUGUGUUCGAUGUCAUCUUCAACUUCCAGCAGAACUCGUUCAAGCUCGUGUGGAGCAAGCACGCCAACGAAGCGUUCAACGUGGUCGGCUUCAAGUCGCACGUCAAGACGCAAGUGUACGCCCGCCCCGACACGGAGGUGGACUACCUGAAGUCGACCUGCCCCACCUGCUUCCACUACGAAACGGUGACGGCCGUCCCGGCACCCAAGAAGAAGGAUGUCGUCCUGUACGAGGCACACUCCAAGUACACCGGUCUCCACUUCUACCUGUCCGUCUUUGACGUGGAGGUGCCACCGACCGUCAAGUACUACAAAUCGCUUACCGACGUCUUCACCUCGGAGCUGUUCCACGACCUGGAGCACGUUACCGUGUUUGACUUUGUGACGAAGUAUCUCACCUGGUUCUACACGACCGUGCUGCCACCGACCCCGAUCAGCCACGGUGUCGUUGGGUACGUUAACCCGUGCAAGGUGUACGCGUUCGAUAAGGUCGAGUUCACGUUCAAGGUUGACAGUGAGGUACUGCCGCACAAGCUGUGGACCACCCCGGACUACCGCCAGUACGUCAAGUUCACGGCCGUGUUCAAGAAGACCGAUGUGGUCGUGAACCACUGGGACGUGAACGUGUACUACACGCACGAGCAUGGUACGUACUUCAAGACGAUCAACAUGCAGGUAACGCGCCAAACGCCGGGCGAGAAGAACAUGAACAUCUGCCUCGACUGGGUGAAGGAUGUCGUGCCGGAGUCGGUCACUGGUAAGCUGUCGUACUUCCACGGCUACUCGUACGAUCACAAGUGCGUGAAGGACGAUAUGGUGGUGUCGAUCGAAUGGACCGGUGUGCCGUCGGAGGUGCAGAAGAACUUCACCUCGUACAUUCUGCCAUCGUACCAUACCGUGCCGACCUACUACUACCAACAGUGUGUGCCGCGCGUGCUGCCCAUGUUCGAGGACUACUCCGCACCGGUUACGUACGAGUGUGCCGAGCUGUACAACACCGUCCGCAAGUAUCUGUACACCGUCGACUACAAGCACGUGUACCCGGCGUACGUAGAGUUUGUUAAGCCGUUCUGGUUCUGGGUGAAGCAUGUCGUGCCGUCGUACUACCCCGAGGUGGAGCAGUUCCACUUUGUGCCGGAGAACCGAUUCGUGGUGGAGGUUGAGUACCCAAUGUACUAUACGUAUCCGAUCGUGGAUGUUGUGGUAAAGUCGGCUUACGAAACGGUCGCAUUCGAGCAUGUACCGUACUACGAUUGGGUUUGGGUGUUCCAGCCCGACAGCACCGUGUUCACCAAGUACUUCGAAGUGAUGAAGUCGUUCGGAUACGUGGACAGCUGCGUCGUUAACCCGGUGUACGAGUAUGCUCCCUAUCACUACACCGCCGCCAAGGAACCGGUGUACAACGAGUGGGUUCUGUACGCUUCCGAUCAUCCCACGACCUACACCUGGGCCGUUUAUGUGCAGAAAAUGGAGAAGAAGCAUGUUGCCUUCAAACUCGUCCUAAACGGUCACAGCGUUGUGGUUCAGCCCCUGUUCGGCAAGCAGUACGAAGAAGGUACCAAGAAGUACACCUUCACCGUCGACAGCGAGCUGAUGUACGCCCUCGAGCACGGCAGCACGGAUGUGUAUCCGUUCAAGUACUACUACGUUUACGAUACGAUCGUCUUUGCCGUACCGAACGUGUCCCUCUACGUGACGUACGACGGAUACCAGGUGAAGAUCGAAACCCCCAAAACGGAAAACGUUGCCUUCUAUGGCCAGUGCUACGUGUAAGCUGCAGUAGGGAAAAUAAUGUAAACUGCCAUUGUAAUUCAAUUUCAAGUGUCUCGAAAUAAAUGAACUUUUCAAUGUAA